GUCAAUUUCAAUUGCCAUUUGCAACCAUAGUACCAUACUCCACCCUGUGUUGAUAACUUAAGAAUGCAAGUACAGCCCAUGAGUUUGUGGUACAUGAAUAUUCGGUGUGGUAACAGAUUUUGUCGGUGUAGGAAAAUGUAGGCUGUGCAGCACGACCUUUGCAUUAAGAAAAUGAGCUUGUUUUCUUCUCACUACAACUCAGAUUUCUUCAGUAUUCUUUGCGCAACAAUCAAAAUGUUUAUAAUUGCGAUUCAACACAGAACAAGGUUUUACAAAAGAGGCAAAUGGAUGCGUACAGCUUACCUUUAUGUACCUUGGUGAUCAUGUCGGUUUGUUCAUAAUUUGCUACCAAGAUAUCCAGUCCGGUUUUAAACUCGGAUCGGAUUUCCGGUCCAGUCCGGUUUUAAACUCAGAUUCAGAUCGGAUAUUCGGAUUUGAUAUCUGAUUUCUGGGAAUACAUAUAUCAUGUUCUGCUAUACAGAAAUCAUCUGUCCAAAUAAAUUUCAGGAUGAGCGAAAAUCAGGAUUAUCACGAGCCCAUGUCUUAAAUGUUCCGAAAUUAAUUAUAAUUAGUAAUGUUAUCGACAAGUCAAAUAUCUGGUGAGCUUCUGGGCUGCAUGUAAAUAUUACUCUUAAACAUUCUUUGCUGAGACACUAAUCCCAUGAUUUACUCUCUUACUUUGCACAUUACUAUCUAGAAGAGUAUAUACUAUGAAAAAUCGUUUAAAAGAAUCAAAUCUUUAUCUUUUUUUAAUGAGACAUAUUAAUAACUUAUGAUUCUAUUCAAGUCAAUGUCUUGUUUGGUGGAGGUUCAUAUUUAACAUAUUUACUGGUGAUUAUUAUGUUCAAGUUGUUGGUAGUGCUACACUAAAGAGAUUGGUAUCUUCUUUCUUUGUCAUAAAGGUACAGUCUUUCUUAUUCUUUGGUUUUUUCAUCUUCAUUAAAGUGCUUUUUGUUUGUGUUUUUUUAUCAUCUUUUUCUUUGAUUUGCUGCUGUUUUUUUUUGGUCUCACAGGUAAUGAAGCCUUACAGUUCAAUGUUGGGCCUUUUAGUAUGAUACUUGUAAUUUUAAUAAAUUGUAUAUUUAUAUUUAAUUAAAAAAGAUAUAUGUGUGUUGAGAUUUUAAGGUCAAUAGAGAAGGUUUGCAUAGUUGGCGAAAUAAGAUAGUUUGUAGUGUAAUCUGACCCGCUAUUUAUAUUAUUUAUAUUUAUGUAGUUAGUUAUGGUUGUCUGCAAUCAAGUUUCACAUGUGUUGCCAGAUGUACGAUUCCUUGCCCUUGGAUCAUAUAUACUCUUGAUGGUAGUUGGUAUUUCAUGACUAUACUAUUUGGUUGUUAGAAAGUGAAAUGUGAUGCCCUUUCAUUUUCCCCCUAAGCUGUCCUAUACAUUUGUGUAUUAUCACUAUGGAUCAUGUGAUUUUGAUGCACCGAAUUGACAUGUACUAAGUGCGCGUUUUGGUACAAGUGUCUUCAGCCAUAAUUGGCCGGCUGUGAAUUAAGCCUGUGAACUAUUCAAUUUUCAUCUGCAAAGUUUCCCUUGUAUGAUUAGAUGUGUAUCUUUCUAUAAGCAUCUGCAAUUUUUAAGUGAUUGGGAUGUUUCUUUAAUUGUGAUCAUGCAAGCUUUAUUACAUCUUUUAGUAUGCUCUUGAUUGCUCUCAGUGACAUUUAUGUGAUCUUGCCCUUACCUUGAGGCUACUGGUUUUGGUCCUCUUAUAAUUUACUUUGUUAGUUGUUAUAGGCUUAGCUUAGGUUAACAGUUGCAACUGCCCCGCGAUGUAAAUGUCUACAAGUAAAGCUUUCAUUAGCGUAAAUUUUCUUGUGUCGCAAGAUAGUGAUAUAUGUAAAAUCUUGUUAUCUGGUUCAUUGUUUUGAAGGGCUACUUUCGUAUUUCAGUUCUUUUAUGCUCGGUUUUAGCAAUAUAGUUGAUCAUGGUAGAAGAAGGUAAAAUUGAUGCUUUGGUUGAUAACCAGUCAGCGGAAGAAUUGUUAUCAAGUGUUCAAGAUCUUGUGCCUGUUGCACUUGAGAAAGCGAGGGAAGUAAAGGUGUUUUUGAGUAGGUGGAAGACCAUCGUGUCUAAGCUGGAGUUGGUUCCGUCCUGCUUAUCUGAUUUGUCUAGCCAUCCAUGUUUCUCAAAGAACACGCUGUGUAAUGAACAGUUACAAGCAGUUUGGAAGACACUGAAUGAAGUAAUUGAGUUAGCAGUGAUUUGUGCUAAUGGAAAUUACAGAGGAAAGCUUCAGAUGCAGAGUGAUCUUUAUGGCUUGUCGGGGAGACUGGAUUUAAAUUUGAGAGACUGUGGGCUUCUGAUUAAAACUGGGGUUCUUGGAGAGGUUGCCGUAGAUUCUACAAGAGAAUCUGAGGUUUGUAUAACGGAACAACUUGCCAGGCUUCAGAUUGGGCACUUGGAGGCAAAACAUAGAGCUCUUGAUAGGGUCGUUAAGAUUAUGCAAGAAGAUGAAAAUAACGUUUUGAGUGUUUUUAAACGGAGCAAUGUCUCUGCUUUAGUCCAGUUGCUCACUGCAUCUUCUCCGCGUAUUAGGGAAAAGGCCGUCACCUUAAUCUGCAAUCUCGCGGAAUGUGGGAGUUUUGAUGAUUGGCUAGUAGAAGAAGAUGCUCUUCCACCUCUCAUAAGGCUUGUUGAGUCUGGUAGUGCAAUAGGUAAAGAGAAAGCUACGAUUUCUCUUCAAAGAUUGUCGGUUUCAGUAGAAACAGCUCGUUUGACUGUUGAACAUGGUGGAGUGCCGCCUUUGAUUAAAAUUUGUGAGAUAGCUGAUUCUGUAGUACAAGCUGCCGCUGCUAGUACUUUGAAAAACAUAUCUGCUGUUCCAGAAGUCCGACAAUUUUUAGCCGAAAGAGGAAUUAUUAAAGUCAUGAUCAAUCUCCUUAGUUGUGGUAGUCUGUUGGAAUGUAAAUUUUCUGCAGCCGAGUGCUUGCAAAAUCUUACCUCAACUAAUGAAAAUCUCCGAAAGUGUGUUAUUUCAGAAGGUGGAUUACAUAGUUUAUUAGCCUAUCUGGAUGUUCCAUCGCCUCAAGAACCCGGGGUUGGAGCACUGAGGAAUUUAGUUGGUUCAGCUUCUGCUGAUAUAUUGGUAUCAGCUGGCUUCCUUCCAAGAGUGGUUCACGUACUAAGGUCAGGGUCAUUGGGUGCGCAAAAAGCUGCUGCUUCAGCAAUAUGUAGAGUUUGCAGCUCCGCGGAACUGAAGAAAAUGGUUGGUGAAGCGGGAUGCAUUUCCCUGCUAGUCAAGAUGCUAGAAGCUAAAUCAGAAAGUUGUAAAGAGUUAGCAGCACAAGCUGUGUCAAGCUUGAUGACUCAUCCGCAGAACUGCAAAGAAGUUAAGCGAGAUGGCAAAAGUGUGCCGAAUUUAGUGCAAUUGCUUGACCCAAGUCCACAAAAUACUGCAAAGAAGUAUGCAGUUUCAUGCCUGGUCUUGAUUUCUUCAAGCAAAAAGUGCAAGAGACUGAUGAUUUCAUAUGGCGCCAUUGGGUAUCUCAAGAAGCUUUGCGAGAUGGACAUUCCAGGAGCGAAAAAGCUACUUGAACGAUUAGAAAGAGGGAAGGUUAGAAGCCUAUUCAGCAGAAAGUAGGAAUAGGGAAUUAUCAGACAGUUUAUCUUUCUUUUCAGAUCAUUGUAGAUAUCCAAACUAGCUAGUUCCAAAUACAAAAGAAUCAAUCUGCCAACUUGUCAUUAUCAGCAAUGCACAUAUAAUUUAUAUAUACUUCUCUGCAACA